CGUUAUAUUAAUUUUCGAUUUCUAAUUAUCGCCAAAGCUGAUGAUUAUUACGUAUUACAGGAGUCGGCUAUAAUUGGCAUAUCGCGUGACGCAUUAUAAUAGCCUUACCGUAGUUGCGCCGGCACUAUAGUAUCGAACGGGCGCGGGUUUUACCGUGCGCGAUCACGCAGGAUCCAUCGCGCGAGAGGAUAUGUCUAAUCGUAGGUAGACACGUGUGCGCGUUGUUAUAGACAGAAAGUAGCGAUAUGGGAAUCGCUUAUAGGGUCGUCGUCAUUGAUUCUCAAGGCCGCGCUCUAAUUUUAGCAGUUCACAGAAGAGAGGAGAGUACAUACAUAUAUAUAUAUGUGUGUGUGUGUGUGUACCUACACAUCACACUUCUUCCGGCCGUGCCGCGGUGCAACGCGCCUAAUGCACAAAGAUUUCGCUCCACGGAGCCAGUUGUUCUUCAAGGUUUUGAGAUGUCGAAUCGCAGCGUUUGUAUAGCUCUGCCUCUUUCUCUAUUUUUCUUUAUUUAUUCGAUUUAAUAAGUAGUCAAGUUUCGAAACACUAUCGGGACUUGGUCAUGAGGUCAGAUAAGCAUAUGUGUUUACGAGUCUGUAAUCGAGGAAUAUUAAUAACGUGGAUGACGCGUGAGUUAUAACUUUGAAAUAUACGAUGGAACGUGUGGAUUAACAAGUUAAACAUUGUCGCCAUAUUUUGGUGUAUUAUGUAUUCAACAGUGUAUAGAGAUAGCGGUUAGAUUAUUAAUGGAACACAAAGCAUGUUUCCGUGUAAAGCUCAUCGAUCCACAACUCCUAUGUAUGUACAUACAUGCUUAUGAAUAAGCAAAAAAAUUCCCGCGAGAAAACACUAAGUAAUUAAAGUUGUGACCGACAGAAAAGUUUAUCAAGAUCGAAAGGUCGGAUCUAUCCGCGAACGAAGUAACUACCUGUAUGAUAUGAUUAAUAAUUACUACGUUUACGCGAGCGUUACUUCUGUAGUAACUUACGAUAAUUCCUUCGCGUAAACGGGAUUUUCCUUCGCGUAAACGUAGUAAAUGUCUGGCACACACGUGACCGACUGAAAAUAAAUGACGUGAAAUAAAACGCUGUACGUACAUAUAUGAGACAGAAAUAAGAUCAUGUGCACAACGUAAUAGAUAUAAUUAAUACAUAAAUCUCCGCGUAAAAUCGCAUUCAAGAGGACUUUGGCUCAAAUAAAGAAGCCAGCGGAACGUAAGAUUUCUCUCCGAAAUAUUGAAAGAACACACUUGACGUCUCGCGGAAUGAAUCGAUUCAACAAGUGCUCGGGGAUAUCAUCGGGUCCAUGUUGAGAGGGAAAUCUCUUGGAAAAGUGAUUGAUACACACAACACUCACGUUGAAGUGAGUAAGGCCGAAGGCGUGUGCACACAGCUUUCCCGUCCAAUGUUGCGUGAAAUAUGUACACGUGUGUAAUCGACCGGAAGAUCGUUAAACACGAUCGUGUGGAGCCUACGGCGGUUAUAAGUGUUAUAACACGGCUCAUCUUGACCUUAGCCGAUGGACGUGCCCCUUUUCCCGCGACCACCGGCCAUCGAAGGCGUCACGACACCCCUCAGUGACGGGCCGAGCGUCGCGACGCUACCACGCGUCCCGGCACCCGUUGCGACAUCCGUGCCGCGCGUACGUAGACGAUAUGCCGUACCCCUGCGAUCCUCCUCGGACACCAAGAAGCGGCGUCGCAUCUGCAGGAACCUAGUCCAUCCGCGGGUCAGGACCGCGGCCCUCGUCAAGGAUGCCGCACGUCGUCGCAUCACUGAGUUUCGCAUGAGGAUGACGGAGCAUCGCGCGAACGACGAGGGGGACGACGACGACGAUGUCGUUUGCAGCAUUGAUAUUACGGACACACCGACCACGUUAUCUUCGGAGAUCUCCCCUCGCUUGAAAAACGGCGUAAUACCGACAAAAAACUGGACAAAGUCCGUAACUGUCCAGACUGUAGAAGGAUUACCGCUGCGAUUAAGAUUUCUGCCAUAUCUCAGCAGAGACAUCGAGGAGGAUAAUGGAACGUCCUCGGGGAAAUUCUCGAGAUUUUGCAAGUACCUGAGAUUUCUGGGACGCGUGUCGUUAUCGCAAUUCGGUCUUCUGUGGAUACUCGUGAUAUGGACGGUGGCAGGCGCGGCGGCGUUCUGCGCCACGGAAGGACCUCGCGAACGCGAACAGGUCGUGUCGCUGAAGAAUAUGCAGAAGGAUUUAGCGGUCGGUUUGGCGACGGAGUUGCGGCAAUUGCGGACAGAGCAGGAUCAGGCGGUGGAGCCGUUGUGGAGCGACAAGGUCCGCCAAUAUGUGGCCAAACACGAGCAACUCCUCUUGAUCGCUGUCAGUUCCGGCUAUGGCGAAGGUGGUAAUAGCGGACAGCCGGGACAGCUGUGGACAUUUCCCGGCUGUGUGUUGUUCGCCAUAUCACUAAUUACUACUUUAGGUUUCGGAGCGCCGGUUCCGCGAACCAACGCUGGUCGUACGGUAGGAGUGAUUUUUGCCGCUAUUGGCAUUCCGGCGCAUUUCCUUCUUAUACUAAAUUUUGGUCUCUUGGUGGCUUUUCACCUACAAAAAUACGCGCUUAUCAAACGAGGCGUGCAACUCGGCAAUACGGAAUCCAACUAUUCUAAACGGAUGCCGAGAUGGAUCAAAAUACUGUCGUUCGUUGGUUCAGUCGCUUACUACAUCUUAGGGGUAUUGUGCUUCGGAAUAGCGAGAUCGAGACCGAUCGCGGCGAGUGUGUUGUUUCCGUUGGACUUUACCGCGGCAGGGGGUCUUUCUACUACUGCCGGUCACGUACGGAUACUGUACGGUCUGUAUUUGGAAGGCGCUGUUACUAUCGCGGCAAUAAUGGUAGCUAUAUUACGAGUAUCAGCAACGCAAAGUCUUACAAACAUUGGACUGAAAUACGGCCUAUUGACUGAAGCUUGAAUCAGUUGAAACAUUUUUCAGCUUCUUGUACAUACACAUACAUAUUUCGUCAAUAUUCCGUUUAUCAUGUUAUUCUGCUCUACCAUAGUCAAUAUUUGUAAACAAAAACCGAAGUUGACGAAAUUACAAUUUACCUUUGACUUCUGGAUUAUCUGUAAUUACACAAUUACAAAAAAAAUACAGAUUAUGCAGAUAUGUAUACGUUUCAGAUAAUCUUUUAUUUCGCAAGAUAAAACGCGUAAUAGCUACAUGGUCAAACCAGAUAGGCUAUAUCUUCGUAUAGCCAACAUUUCUCGUAUGAUUUAUAUCCAACAGAGUUGCUCGUAAGACGAGAAAAAAAAAUGAAGAUUGAAUAAUCCACACGAAAGAACGUAAAUACGUGCAUUUCUAGGUAUAUGCAAAGAGAUACGUGUUGAGCAGAAUUUAUUUUACAAAUAUAUCGUCGUAUAUUUUACAAACAUCGUCUCGACUAAGAUGAACAGAUAACAGCUAUAUUUAUAUCUUCAUGUACUCCCUUUAUUUAAUCAAGAUGUAAUAAAGACAAAUUUAUACGCUA